GAAGGAUGCCGUUGCUGCUAUAACCAGCAGUAGGCUGAGUAUGGAACACCGUGCAGGUUUAAUAAGCUACUGUUGAGGCUAGCUGCAUCCGACACUUCGUUAUAGGAUGAUGCAGGUGGAAUCGUUUUAUCCGUUUCAAAAUCUGACUGAGUGAGAGUGUGUGGGAUGUGGGGUGUGAGAGACAGAGAGACUGCAAGAUAAAUCAUGUUUGAGGAAGAGAGAGACUUGUGAGAGAAAGUGAAAGUGUGAGAGUGAGAGAGAGUGAAAGAGGCAGAGUGUGUGUGAGAGAGAGAAAGAGAGAGAAGAUGAGGAGACUCCUCCAGGACUCUCCUCUGCGUUGCGUGGUAAAACUCUGGUCUCAGUCCUGCCUGGAGUUCUCUCUUCUCUAAGACCUUCCUGCUCCUCUCAGCUGGUUUCCUCUUCAUGAAGACCACUGACAUUGGUGAUGUGAUGAAUAAAUUUGAAGUCCUUGGCAUUGUAGGUGAAG